CAAACUCCUUUUUCUUGUGUCGGCAUACAUACUCAAUCAUUCAUUUCAGACUUAUCUUAUCUUUUUAAUAUAAUUAAUUCACACUUAGUGAUCUUCAUUUUAUAAUAUAUAUAUAUAUAUAUAAUCUAUGGCAUUUCUAGUCAUUGCAAAUAACAUGCAAAAGGUAAAGAUGGAUAAAAGGUGGAAUCUUCAAGGUAUGACUGCUCUUGUAACCGGUGGAGCGGGAGGAAUCGGGCAUGCCAUCGUAGAUGAAUUAUCUGCUUUUGGAGCUAGAAUCCAUGUAUGCGACAUAUCUGAAACACUGCUCAGUCAAAGCUUAAGUGAAUGGGAAAAGAAAGGGUUUCAAGUGAGUGGCUCAGUCUGUGAUGUAACCUCGCGUCCCGAGAGAGAAACAUUAAUACAAACUGUCUCCUCAUUGUUCGAUGGCAAACUCAACAUUCUUGUAAACAAUGUGGGCGGACUUCGUGAAAAACCAACAACAGAAUAUGGGUCAGACGAUUUCACUUUCCAUAUCUCAAUAAAUGUGGAAGCUGCUUUCCAUUUUUGUCAGCUUUCACAUCCUCUCCUAAAGGCUUCUGGAUUUGGAAGCAUUGUCUUCACUUCCUCUGUUGCUGGAGUUGUAUCAUUUUCUUGUGGAUCCCUUUAUGGUCUAGCAAAAGGAGCUCUAAACCAGUUAGCAAGAAAUUUGGCAUGUGAAUGGGCAAAAGACGGCAUAAGAGCCAACGCUGUUGCCCCCAAUUCUAUCAGGACUCCUUUGUCUCAACAAUUUCUUGAUGACGUCAGUUUCAAGGAGGCAUUGUUCAGUAGAACUCCACUUGGUCGCAUUGGAGAACCAAAUGAGGUUGCAUCACUAGUGGCAUUCUUGUGUCUACCUGCGGCUUCCUAUAUUACUGGUCAAACCAUUUGUGUUGAUGGAGGCCUCACUGUUAACGGUUUCUCCUAUCAACCACAUGCUUGAGAAUGGCCUUGUCGCUUGUUAUAAAACUGUUUUAACUAAGUGUCUGCUAUCUAAUAAAAAAAUUUCACGCUGUGAGUUUAUGCAAAAAAAAUAUAAACGAGUUUGUUUUGCCA